AAAAGUGUUUGACUGUGUGCAGUAGGUGGCGGCACAAUUUAAACACUACAGAAGAAGCCGAAAAACAUCAACAGGAAGUGCUUUGUUAUCGUCCUCUUGCGUUUUUAAACCAAAUAAAGAGCCGCAGGCUUUUGCUGGAUCUUUUCGGAUGUAAAAUUAGUCUACAUGAAAUGUUUAUUUGUCCAAAUUUUAAAUCGAGUUUUGAUAAUUAAUUAGGUGUGAUCUAGCUUUUAUUUGUUUGAACGCUACGACAAGGAAAUUAACUGCAGUGUACACAUUUACUGUCUUGUUUGUUAUUUGAAACGUUGAAGAACGAAUACAGUAACUUCCACUAUGGAUCGGGACAGAGCUAGUCCGUCCCCCUCCAACCUGCCGGAGUCCCCUGGUCACAACUCUCCUGGUAGCGCCUUACUGCUGGAUCUGAAGAGGGUUUCUGUGCGGCUGGUCGACUGCAGGAAAACAGCAGGGCAGAGUGGGGCUGUGAGAGAAGGACACAAGGAGGGAGAUUUGAUAUCAUCAAGGGACACCCCUAACUCUCGUUCUCUUAGUGGGAGGGGUUUAUCAUCUGGGGAGCCUCAGCCACAUGUUGCUGAAGAGACAGAGAAGACUCUCUCCAAAUCAGAACAUCUCAAGAAACCCCAGCAGAGACGUACAGGGAAGAAACCUCACCACUGCUGCUCUGACUGUGGGAAGAUUUUCACAAGCCGAAGUGGCUUCAUUAUUCACCAGCGGAGUCACACCGGAAAGAAACCGUACUGCUGCUCUCAGUGUGGGAAGAGUUUCACUGCUUCUCAAACCUUAAAAUAUCAUCUGAGAAUUCAUUCAGGGGAGAGGCCUUACCCCUGCCUUGAUUGUGGGAAAAGCUUUGCUUAUUUGGGCGCCCUAAACAUACACAAGCUAACACACACUGGAGUGAAGCCUUAUAGCUGUGAUCAAUGUGGGAAGAGCUUCAGUCAGUCUGGCCACCUGACAACACACCAACUAACACACACUGGAGUGAAGCCUUAUAGCUGUGAUCAGUGUGGGAAGAGCUUUGCUCUAACUUCCUCCCUGACUAGACACCAGCGUACACACACUGGAGAGAAACCUUAUGUCUGUCUAUGUGGGAAGAGCUUUGCUGUAGCUUCCAAUCUGACUACACACCAGCGAACACACACCAGAGAUAAGCCUUAUAGUUGUUAUCAGUGUGGAAAGAGCUUUGCUUCUUCAGAAACACUAACUAUACACCAGCGCAUACACACAGCAAAGAAACCUUUUUGCUGUGGUCAGUGUGGGAAGAGCUUUGCUGUAGCUUUCUCCUGAUUAUACACCAGCGAACACACA